CAAACGUCAAAGCCGCCAGGCAGGAGCCGGGGCGGCGGCCGCGCUGCGUGCCCGAGGGGCCCCCUGCCUCCCGCCGCCUCUCCCCGCCGCCGGGGGCUGCGCCUUCCCUUCCUGCCCGGCGAGGCUCACGCUCUGACUCGGGCCGGGCUCGUCGCGGCGGCGGUUGGGACCCCAGCUCGCACAGAUUGAAAUGUGACUACCGUUUCUUCACAACUGUGGCCUUAUCUAGAAAUGAAUUCUUGAACUUCCCCUGGAUGGAUGCUUAUGCUCACAGAUGGGUCAGGGACUCUGGAGAGUUGCUAGGAACCAGCAACUGCAACACCAAGGAUACAGUGGACAAGGCUACCUUACCAGAGAACAUGGUAGGAGGAUAGCUACUAACAGUGUUUCCAAUACAAGCCAUCGCAAACAAGCUCAAGGAGGCAUUGACAUCUACCACCUGUUGAAGACAAGAAAAUCUAAAGAACAAGAAGGAUUCAUUAACCUGGAAAUGCUGCCACCAGAGCUUAGUUUUACCAUUUUGUCAUACCUGAAUGCAACUGAUCUCUGUCUAGCUUCAUGUGUCUGGCAGGAUCUUGCUAAUGAUGAGCUUCUCUGGCAAGGGUUGUGCAAAUCCACUUGGGGUCACUGUUCUAUAUACAAUAAGAAUCCACCUCUAGGAUUUUCUUUUAGAAAACUGUAUAUGCAGUUAGAUGAGGGCAGUCUCACCUUUAAUGCCAACCCUGAUGAGGGAGUCAACUACUUUAUGUCCAAGGGCAUACUAGAUGAUUCGCCAAAAGAAAUAGCUAAGUUUAUCUUUUGCACAAGAACGCUAAAUUGGAAGAAGCUGAGAAUCUACCUUGAUGAAAGGCGAGAUGUUUUGGAUGACCUUGUGACACUGCACAACUUCAGAAAUCAGUUCUUGCCAAAUGCACUGAGAGAGUUCUUCAGACACAUUCAUGCUCCUGAGGAGCGUGGGGAGUACCUUGAGACUCUCAUAACAAAGUUCUCUCACAGAUUCUGUGCUUGUAACCCUGAUCUGAUGAGGGAGCUUGGCCUUAGCCCUGAUGCAGUUUAUGUACUGUGUUACUCUUUGAUUCUACUUUCCAUUGAUCUAACAAGCCCUCACGUGAAGAACAAAAUGUCAAAGAGGGAAUUCAUUCGAAAUACACGACGAGCUGCACAGAAUAUUAGUGAAGAUUUUGUAGGGCACCUUUAUGACAACAUCUACCUUAUUGGCCAUGUGGCUGCCUAAAAGCACAAUUUGCUAGCACUUAAAAUUUGUAAUUUUCAAAAACUACAUCAAGAAAUUAAUUAUUUUGUAGAGAUGGGGGUUAUUUUAGUGCUGGUCAUUCUAACCUCUGUAUGCAAUCAAAGUUUGUGUGUGUAAGUGUGUGUAUGUGUAAACUACCUUUUCUAUCUAUUUGCUGUGGAAACGGAAGGAUUUGAAGAUUUGUUUUUCAUAAUUUUUUUAGUUUUGCACAAAACAAUGCCAUUAGUCUGACACAGCCAUUUAUGAAUGUUAAACUGACAUUACAGUCUAAGCUGACAAAGUGGUGAAUUUGUGCAUUAGAUCUGCUUGAAACUUUAAUAAGUUCAUUCUUUUUAGAAUACCAUGUAAUGGGUAUAUAUUUAACUAAAGAGAUUUAUAAUCAUAAUUAUUUUAUUGUAAAAUAUUUUAACUAAAAUUUCUCCUUUUAUCUCUUAAAAUAGUGUUGUACUUCUUUCUUUUGCCUUUUUUUUUUUUUUUACAAUGCUGACUACCUCAGACACAAAUUUUAGAGAAAUAUUGGUCUGAAGAGUACAAUAAAGUUUAUUAUAGGAGACGACAGGACACUUGUAAAAUAUCCAAGCUGAUAUUUAAUACUAUAUUGACUAACUUGAAUUAGCAUAUUGCCAAUGUGCAAUUUUAAAUACUCGAUUUUAAGGAAGAUUACAACCUCUGUUUUAGGUGAACCCUGAUGUCAUACAGGGAUAGCCUGAGGAAAUCAUGCAGUUGACAUUGAGUGAGCUAGCCUAUAUUGCAGGCACUAGUUACUGGGGACACAGGACAACUACAAUGACCUCUUCAGCAUGGUAAGCUAGGAGAAAUCUCAACAGGGAAAAUGGUAGGGGCAGCUAAUAUUUUGCUGCUUUCAACUGCACCCAUUCGUCCAACAGUGUUAGUGAUGGAAGUGCCUAGGCAGAUACAUACCAGCUGACUCAUUGCUAAAGCUGUUAAGAACUGAUGGUGCAAGAUUAGAGCAGUGACUGUGCAGGAUUGGAGAGCCGUCCCAGACUCAGAUACUGAAUUAAUCUUUCCAAAUCUGUCAGGUAGCUAGAUUUUAAAUAGUUCUAGAUUUAUUAAAAUACUUCAAAAAUGGCUUCAGCAAAGUUGUGUGUUACAUUUUCUGAAGUGUGUAGAGUUUUAGAAGCACAACUGCUGUGCACAUGCAGAAACUGAAUGAGGAUUUGCCUGGUUUCUGUUCAGGUAACUCACAGAGCAGUGUUUUUCUUAAACUGACAUGUAGUUGAAGUAAGCAGUGUUCCUGAUGUUUCUUUACAUAACACUCACCUAUCACUAGCACCUAGAUUCAUCAUGGUAAGAAGUAGAUUUAUCCUUUUUCCCUACUAUACAAUGAAGUGAGCUAGGAAGAUGUUCAUAGUUCCAAUUAAUCUGCUUUUUUUGGAGGAAGCCUGUGGCAGAGCCAGGAAUUGAAUGUAGGUCAUACUCAUAGGCACACACUUUACCCACACUGUUGCUUUCUGUUUGGCAGCUAGGGGAUGUUACAUUUGUCUCAGAUAGAAGUGAUGACAAUUACAGUCCCCAUAAAGGCUACAUAAAUGACAGGGAGGAAAAACAAAUGUAGGUACAGCUGCUAUUUCAAGUGUUUAGUACAUAUUGUGUAUAGCUCUGGUCCAUAUGCAAAAAAGCACCCAGAAGAAGCUGUAAUUUUUUUGUAUAACAUUACCUUUAAUCAAGUAUAAAUGCCACUUGUAUUUAUGUAGCAUACACAGCUAAAGCCAGGAGCCAGCAGUAUCCAGACACGUUUUGCAAUAUCACUCCCCUCUCUCAGGAUAAGUUCUCGUCACUUCUCCCUGUGUCAUUUUGUACAUUUUAGAAAGGCCAGGGAUGCAUUAUGCAGUAGUCAAUCUCAAACACAAAUAAAGAGUAUAUGUUACAUUGGGGAGCUUUGUUCAAGACAUAGGUAUCUGGUCCUGUAAAGGAAAAAAAAAAAAAACCAAAACCAAAAAAAACAGGAGAAGUUGGAAAAA